CGACGCAAUAACAAAUCGUCAGUCUGUCCACUACACAGCAAGUGUUCCGCAAAAAGGAUAUCUUCAAUUAAAAAGCUAUUACAAGGAAAAUCAAGCAACAAAAUGGCAAAUCUUCCACUGCUUCUGAGCCUCGCUGAUGACCUGAACCGGUUGUCGGUUGUGCCCUUCUACGAUGCACCCUACUGUUGCCAGCGGCAGCAACGUAAUCCUUACAUGGCUUUGACCGCAAUGCCCUUGGACCAGCAGAUACGCCAGCUGGAGAAACAGGUGGGCUGUGUGGGUGCCGGACCAGUGUCCAAGGUGGGCAAAGAUGGCUUCCAGGUGUGCAUGGAUGUGGCCCAGUUCAAGCCGAGUGAACUCAACGUGAAAGUGGUGAACAAUUCCAUUGUGGUCGAAGGCAAACACGAGGAACGAGAGGAUGAUCACGGCUUCAUCACACGGCACUUUGUCCGCCGAUAUGCUCUGCCCGAUGGCUAUGAGGCCGAGAAGGUCGCCUCGUCACUCUCCUCGGACGGAGUGCUCACCGUCAGUGUGCCAAAGCCGGCGGCUAUCGAGGAUAAGGGCAGUGAACGCAUCGUUCAAAUCCAACAAGUCGGCCCCGCCCAUCUCAAUGUCAAGGAUAACGGCAAGGAGGAACUGGAGCAGGGCGAUGACAAGUGAAGAUGUUCUAUUCAUUUGUAGUAUGCAGAAAACAUACAAACGUUUAUUGUUAAUCAAUUAUUAAUCAAUUAUCUCAUUUAAUGUCUGUUUACACAUCUUUAUAUAUAUUUAUAUAUACAUAUAUAUAUACCCUUUAAUUACGCACACAUA